ACUACGUACUGCACAAUAAUAAAAAUUUGGUUACAAGGUGUCGCACUAGAAUGAUAAAAAGUGUAUCGUAACUAUAGACGUUGUACUAUCGUUUUUGGUUCCAUUACGAUUUUUUCAUUACAGUAUAAAUUACACAAUGCCACUGAUAGACGAUGAGAUCGAUGAAGUAUCUCGGCUUUGUGAAAAUGUUAUUCCAAAUUCAAAGCUCGUCGCAUGUCACAAAACUCUGGUUCGUGUAGACGUGCGCCAAUCAGCGAUGCGCCAAUUGACAAUAUGCAUUCGAUUUCCAGAAAACUAUCCCACAAACAAACUCUUGCUGGAGUUUAAAAGCAAAACUUUGUCAAUCAGCUUUUUGGAAAAACUUACCAGCCUGUGUGAAACUAAGCUGAACGAGGCAGUAGGAAAGCCACAAACCAUGUGGAUAUUGCACUUUCUCAGCGAUUAUCUAUCAGCCAACCCGCUAUGCAUUGUUUUAGAUGAAAUACAGCAGAUAAAGCAGUUGCUCGCGAGCUCCGGCGAGCUGAAGGUGAAACAACGAGUCUGCACGAUCGAUUUGACUGUGCGCGUUGGCCAAUAUUACUUCCGAGCCAAGUUUAAGGUCCCGAACGGUUAUCCAGCGGAAAGAAUUAUGUGGGACGAUUCAGAAUGCAAUCUUCCUCAGGCAAUAGUCUUAUUUCUUAAUGGCCAAGCUCGUGAAAUAGCCAGACGUUGCGUAGAACCUCCACUAGCACGUAAGGACAGUAACGUUACCUUCACACCAAAACGGAGUCUGCAAAGAUGUUUGGUGUUUAUCAUCAAUACUGUACGAGACUUGCCGCAGGAAAAAUGUCCGAUUUGUUUGCAAUGUUGCCUACCGGAAAGUCCAUCCGAUGUUGUCACAAGGGAUAACGACGACCUGUAUUUGAUUCGUAUGUUUUGUGGUCAUAUCUAUCAUCAGAGUUGUUUGAAACGUUUCAUGAGCGAACCACCCUUUCCUAUCGGUGGGAAAACCUGUCCAGCACAGGGAACGCAUAACUAUAAUGCGUCUACAACGCCGGAUAACAAAGUGUGCUUGGUCAAACAUCCUGCAUCCAAUAACAUUGUACCGGCUUUAGAUGAGGUUUGCGGUCAAAGGGUAACGCAUGACAAGUGGGGUCUCAAUAACGUUAAGUCUGCUGAAACUAAAUGGGCUCAUCGACAGGCAAAAAUGAGAGAGCUGGAAGAGGUGAUAGAUUUCUUACAGUGAAUGUGCUUUGGUUUCUUUUAUGCACCAUAAGCAAUCGUUAAAAAAUGAACAUGCUUCAAUAGCGUACAAUUGCUAAUUUAUUUUGAUUUCAAAACCAAUUAAUAGGUUUUUUUUUGUGCAGCCCUGCCACGACAAUAUUAAAAAAAAGGUUUUCUAAAAUUUGGUAUUGUAUUUUGUUUU